GCCUCUGCAGGAUCUUCCCUCUGGGACUCUCCAGGGCUACAUGCUGUCUCAGUCCAACGAGAUGAACAAACGCAAGUCCUCAGACGUCUUUCUGAGCGAGGGUCUGGACAUGGAGUGCACCCCCACAGAGUCCAUCAUGCAGUUUUCCCCCCCACACAAAUACCAGAGGCUCCUCAGCAUGAGGAAAGAGAACGACUGCAACCAGUUUGUCCUCAACAAGAGAUCACGGAGGAAAAAGGAGUCCACGUCAUGCAUCUCAUGGGACCACCUUCCUGACGAGCUGCUCCUCAGGAUCCUCUUCUACGUCCCUCUGCAGGAUCUCUGCAGGAUGUCGUCCGUCUGCAAGCGCUGGCAUCGCUUAGCGUUGGAUGAGUCUCUGUGGCACAGCGUGGAUCUGGAGGGUUUGACCCACGUAGGUCCGGCUCUGCAGCAGGUUCUGAAGAACGGGGUCCACAUGCUGCGCUGCCCUCGCUCCUUUGUGGAGGACUUCCACUUCAGCGGCUCAGGCCCCCUACAGAUGGUCCUGAUGGAUCUGUCCAGCUCCAUCAUCCCCCCCUCCUCUCUGGAGAGCAUCCUCUCUCACUGCAGACUGCUGGAGUUCCUGAGUCUGGAGGCUCUGCAGCUUUCAGACAACAUCAUCAGCUCUCUGUCCAUGAACCCUAACCUGCUGCAGCUGAAUCUGAGCGGCUGCUCCGGCUUCUCUGCUCCUGCUCUCGCUCACAUGCUGAAGUCCUGCAGCAGGAUCGAGCAGCUGAACAUAUCGUGGUGUGAAUUCGACAACGAUCACGUGAAGAGUGUUGUUAAUAAUCUGAACCCUGCUGUCACUCACCUGAACCUCAGCGGGUACAGAGAGGGCCUCACACUGGAAGAUGUGAAGGUGCUGGUGACCAGGUGUCCAAAUAUUCAAGCACUAGAUUUAAGUGACAGCACUCUCCUGAUGGCCGACAGCUUCCCGGUCCUCAGACAGCUGAAGGGUUUGCUCCAUCUCUCUCUGAGCCGCUGCUACCACAUCCACCUCGCUGCCCUCACGAACCUGGGCUCCGUGUUCCCUCUUCUCUCUCUGCUGGACGUGUUUGGCAUCGUGAAAGACGGCCACCUGUCCUCUCUGAAGAAGGAGCUUCCUCGCAUCACCAUCAACUCCAGACCGUUCUCCAGCAUCGCCCGCCCCUCGCCCUCCUCAGGCCUCACCGGCGGCUUCAUGUGGGACAGGAAGUGCCAGCUGAGGUUCAAACUGUAGCCGCCAUGUUUUUCUAAGCUGAGUGAGUGUCUGUUACAUGUCCCAUGUUUCAGAGUUUCUGCUGCUACACAUGUUGUUAGUGUUAUCUGACGUAAAGAGGUUAAAGGUCACUUUAAGGCGGGGUGAUUCUUUAUUUAGAAAAGUCAGAUUUUGACGUUGAAUCCAGUUCUUGUUGGAAUGUUUUAACACAAACGUUUGAUGGAUUUUUGAAUCAGUUUUAGGUUCUAAUAAUGUUUAUUUAAAAAUAUUUUGUACGAGAAACAUGGUUUUAAAGACUCAAUGGAAAUGAAGAUGUCUUUUUAAAAACUUGAGACGAUUGUUCUCGGGGAAAUAAUGAGGUGGUUUUAAAGAAUGAAUGUAACAUGAUGAACACACACUUCUCCCCCUUUUAUCAGUGCAUUAUGUCACCGUAUUUUCACUGCUGUUGAUCAUUAAUGUCAGAUGUGAAUUUUAACUGUUCCUUUUCUCCUGAGUCUUUACAGUAAACCACUGAAUGCACUAACUGUGUCUGAGUGUGCUUCAUUUCAGCUAAUACGGAAAUGUACAAAUCCUCCUGCUACACUUAUUUCCCUUUCUUUUCUUUUGUGGGAUAUUGGAUGUUGAAGGAUUACUUUUGUCAAUUAAAAACAUGUCUACUAAAUGA